GUGACCAGAUGGCAUAGGACACCACCAGCAGAGCAACAAUCCUCUUAAGAGUUGCACAAAUGUCUGCCAAGGCCAGUGACAGUAUGCAGACCACGACAGAGCUGCUCGACCAGACAGAGAACAGUCUGCUUGAAUGCAAAGUGUGCUUUGAAAAAUACAACCAGCAGAAAAAGCGCCGGCCAAGGAACUUGCCAUGCGGACAUGUCAUGUGCCUGGAGUGUGUCACAUCACUGGCCCAUCCCCGGAGUUUGAAGCUGGAGUGCCCUUUCUGCCGCAGGGCUUGCAAAUCUUCCGAGACCAGCGACUGCUUGCCAUUGUUGCACCUGAUGGAGAUCUUGAGCUCUUCACCCAACAGUGUUCCGGUUUCAGGAAGGACCGUUGGAGCAGCUGAGGAUGUGGUGAUGCCAGCAUCUCAGGUCUUAACAUUUCACCUGUCUUUCGGAGGAUGGGGAACCCUGGUCAACCCAACAGGGAUUGCUGUGUGCCAGAGGUCUGCCUGCCUAGCGGUGGCUCACGACGGCAAGAAGAGGAUUAAGCUGUUCAGUUUCAACGGGCGCGUCAUACAACAGUUUGGAGAAAGAGGGCAGGCAGGAAAUGACAUCAGGUACCCGACCGAUGUCACAAUCACGCUGGACGGCCAUAUUGCAGUCACGGACAGCGGGGAUCGUUCUGUCAAAGUGUUCGACUUCAACGGCAGGGGAAAGCUGGUUAUCUCCGAGUCCUUCGGUUUACCUUGGGGUCUGGAUACUACGCCUCAGAACGAUGUGAUCAUGACCGAUUCAGUGGCAGGUGCUCUGUAUCGCUUGACAGCGGACUUUAAGCGGGGGGAAUUAAAGGGGGUGGAAAAACUCUGUUCUAAUUUGUGCGACCCGAGGAAAGUGGCUGUUUCUCAGGCCUCUGGGGCCAUUGCUGUCAUAGAGCAUUCAGUGGCGCAAGGACCAAGCUGCGGCUGCACCAUGCUGAAAGUAUUUGCUGCAGACAUGCAGCUCAUAAGCCAGGUGGACACUUUUGGCCUCAAUCUAGUAUUUCCUUCCAAAAUAUAUGCCAGUGAUGUGACCUUCAGCAGGGAAGGUCAAGUAAUAGUAACCGAUGGCUAUAACCAAGCAGUCUUCUGCCUUGGAAAACCUGAAGAGUUCCCUAUGUGUAAACCUAUCAUUACCCAAGGUCUUUCUUACCCUUUGGCAUUAGCUUUCACACCAGACAGUUCUCUGAUUGUCUUGGAUGGUGGAGAUCAUUCUUUAAAAGUAUUCACAGCUAGCUGAAAUAUGGGGGUGUGUUGCUUUCACAUUGCCUGAUCCAGUUCACAGCUUAACAGAGACUAUGUGGAAGCUCUUUGUGCCUAACACCCCAACUUCUUUAAGGAUAGCUGAUUAAGUUGAUGGAUUAUGUCGAAAUGGCUAAAAUGACCGGAAGAAUUAGAAAUCAGGAAGACCACAAUUUUAAUAAGGAAUGGGGGAAAUUUAUAAUUCAUCUUAAAAGCCAUUGUAAACAGUUAAAAUCGAUAGUAGGAUUGGAAUAAUGUUUGUGGUUUAAUGGUGAAUUUUGAACACAACGGAGAGGUAAAAGAUUUGGAUCAUUAUAAAAGAUGCAGGAGGAAAUGAUUAACAAUAGGACCCACAAAGCGGAGGAGGGGAAGUUCAGGAGAUUCUUUGGAAUCUUGUUUCUGUGUUGUAUGUUGGAUAUGUGACGGUAAAAUUAUAAUCUGAAAAACCAAAUAAAUAAAUUGAGAGAGAGGGAGGGAGAAGCUGAUAUGAAUCUUAUCCAUGUUGUGUAUUGUGGAAUCAGUCCAGUGGAUGUGAACUAGACUACCUAAGGCUGUAAUACGUACUGUAACCACAGGCUAGUGAGGAAAUCCCACUGAACUAAGGUGCUGGAUGUUUAUGUUGGCCAUUGCCAAAGGAGUUACUUUAGUUGGGUAUUAGAGAAGCUGUAUGUGAAGAAUGCUGGUAACUUUCUAUGUUGGGCUGUAGACAGGCUUGUGUUUCCCUUGGAUUUUCGAUGGCACAUGUGAAAGCCCACCUUCAGCCAGAAUGUAUGACUGCCCCCCUCUUGCAUAAGCAAAUGAGUGUUUAAGAGAAUGGGCAGCAUCUGUUCGUGCAGUCUUCCCCCAAUCUGGUACCCUCUGGGUCUUUUGGACCACAGAUUCCAUUCACUCCAGCUGUAUCACCUUCCCAGCUAGCACUGAUGACAGUUGCAGUCCAAAACAUCUGGAGGAUACCAGGUUUAGGAAGUCAUGUUUUAUGACAUUGCGCUGGCCAUUGUAAGCUGACCCAAGAAAUUCAACACUGUGGCAGCAUUAGUCAGGGCUGCUACACUGGGGACAGAUGCCUUCACCAGAUGUGUUGCCAGGUCAUCCUGCAAAGCAUUUAAGCGGAACAAAGUGGGGCAGAGAAGGGGCAUGUUCAGGAUGGUGGAGGCAUGGGAAUGACUCAUGGCCAUGCCAUUAAACCAGCUUUUUCCACACACCUUGAAGCCAGUUAAACUAGUGCAAACCUGCCUUUUCAAGGGUGUUCCGUUGGGUGUAUAUUUUAUAGAACAGAUCAUCUCCAUCUGUUUUAUACUGGAUACCUCUGAAUCUGUCAUUGACCGUUGUAACUACACAUAUUUAUAGAAGGAGUGCCUGUUUGGCUCGUUAUAUUAUAUAUUUUUUCCAUUGCAGAUUUAAAAGAAACUGUGAUUUUAAUUGUAUUUUUUGGGUUGUUGUUUAAAUAUAAAAAAUGUAAAAACUCUUUAUUUUGAUGAAUGUAAAGUGCCGAACUGCGCCUUACACACAGCUGUGCUUCUUUUUUAUGAGUUUCAGUUAAAAAACAAUGGGGGGAGGGCUGCUUAACCAUUUCCCUUCUGGCUGUUUUUCUGCAAACCCCACCCCCCUUCAUUCCAUAGAAGAAAAAAUACACGUGCCAAUAUAAUAUUUCCUGUACAGAGAAACACACCCGGGGUUAAUUUUGAGUUGGGGGAGGCAGCUGGAAGAAAAGUUACAUAACCCCUCCUUCCUGCCAUUUUUCGACUGAAAUUUGUGGCCUCAAAGGCUGUUUUUAGUUUUUAAAAAUCAUACACAUCAGAAAGAAAGAUCCCUUUGGUUGCAUCUUGCCCCGCACCCCGCUACAAUACAUAACCUUUGUUGCUGUUAGAAACAGAAGGCCCAGUGUAUUGCUGGUAACGCUAGACACAAUUUAUUUCUGUUUUCUUAAGUAUAACAUAGAAGUGUUUUUAGAAUGUUAUUGAGAUGAGCUUAAAGAAUCUCUGAUCAUGGGAUAAUCAGGCUGUUAGGAUGGGGGGCGGGAAUGUAGUGCCUUUUCCCCACUAGUUAUUCUGGUAGAACUGUUACCUUUCUCUUUGAUAAAUUAAGGAAGAAAUAAAUUAAAAACUCAUGAAAUACUACAAAAAAGUUUUAACAUUACAGGUUGACCUGGGGGGAAAGGUUUACUGCAUCAAGAUAUUGAUGACUUAGGACCUUGUGAGAUUUUAAAAAAAAUAUCUCAUUGUGUUUAAUAAUGAAAAAAAGAUAUGCAUAUUCUCUUUUCCUUUGGUUGUGGGGAAAAUGUUGGAAGUCCAGUACCUACUUGUGGCAAAAAAUUGUGGAAUUACAUUAGCAUGGAAAGGACCCAGUGAACUCUGAGGUGUAUCUUCCUUUUUAUCUGCAAACGUGAUCUUUUUAAUGAUGAAAUUGUCACUGUAUCAUGCCAUGCUGUUGUUGAUUAGGAAGCACUUUUCUCUGGCUGACUCAGCAGUUCACCUUCUACACACUGAGAGCCAAAACAGACACCAUUGAGAUGGUGGUAGGAAGGGAAGAGAUUUGGAUAUACGGAAGAUUAAACUGUGAAUUAUAUAUAUAUUUUUAAAGUUGGAGCCUAAGUUAGUUGUACUUAAUAGCUACUGAAAAAAUGGGAUGAACAGAGUCAUGACUUAUGUUGCAUUUGGGGGGGGGGCACCAAAUUUUGGCCUUGCACAGGGCUCCACUGAAAUUUGAAAAACCAAAGUCCUCCCCCGAUUUGUUACAGUUGUUUUAAAUAUCCCACAAGAUAAACAAACUAUGGCAACAUUAUUAAUACAACUUGUCCAAUAGCUCAGGGCCGAAAUAGACUUGAUGUGAGGGAAUCUAUAACUGGAUCGCAGGACUUUUUGUUUUUAUUUGAAAUAAUCCACAAGACUUGAAUCUUUCAGCAUCCUACUAAAAACUGCCCCCACCGUGAAAUCUGUAAUGCCUUCACACCUACAUUAUGAAUUUUAUUUAUGAAUGUGCAGUUCUGUUUUCUUAGAAUAGUCUUCCAUGUUUUAUGUCUCCCAGUGCAUUUGGGAGUACUGUGGGUGUCCCAUGGAUAUGAACGGAUGCUGCUGCCUCAAUCCUUGAAGUAUCAGAUGCUCCAUCUAUGGCCAGCUUUCUCUUUACAUUGAAAAACACCAUUAUCAUGCCUUUCUAUUGGUCUAUUUAAGUUUGUUGGAACUCCAGAUAAAUGUGAGCACUGUAUGUUGCAAGACAACAUGUACAACAGUGAUUCCCCUCCCCACUGAGUUUUAUCUUCAUCACCCUGUCACAUACAAUGAUUCACUGAAUUUCAAAUCACAUUGUUUUCUGUUAAGAGCUAGUAGUAGACAUAGCAACCCAUUUAAAAAAAAUGUUUCUUAUG